GCCUUGUGCGGCGCUCUCGCCGUUCCUGGAAGAGGCGGCGCACAUAGAUCGCAAUCGAAUCGUGAAUCGGGUGAUCCACAGCGCCUUCCACGCUGCCAAGCCCGAAGUGGAGAUCCCGCGCAAGCACGUCCAGAUCAGCGGGUUGCUGGGCCUGGAUGAUCGCUCCCCCGUGCUGAUCUGGGGCAACCACCAGUCCGGCAAGAGCUUCGCCUUGUUCAAGGCAUGCCGAGACGCAGGCUUUCACGAGGGCAUCGUCCACGUGCAGCUCGACAGCGUCAAGGAGACCGCAGGAGAAAAGCUGCGCCAGCAGCUGGGUGCCCCCGGCCACGUUGAGGUGGAGGAGGCCUUGAAGCAGGCGGCAAAGACGCUGGGCCGCCUGCCCAUCGUCGUUUUAGAAAUUCCUCGGCAAGUGAGUGAGAUGAAAGUUCUGGCCAGUUGCUCUGGCCUUUCCAAGACGUUGGGCCACGACGCGGAGUUGGCGAAAGUGAUCGUUUUGGCGAGCAGUGCCUCCAUGGCGCUGGGCUUUGACGCAGACGCUCGGGAAGUUCGCCUCCAGAUCGGACCGCUGAGUGAGCAGCAGGAGCAGGUCCAGGAGUUCCUCCAGCACCACGGUCCUGGAGAAUCAAAU